GGGCAGUGCGGCUGUGACUGUGCUGCUGCACGGAGCUCUCAGUGCUUGCAGCUGACUCGUGCCUCUGGCAGACAUGAAUUGGCUCAGCCUCUUCGUCCUGCUGACCGUGGCUGGGCUGUCGCAUGGGACAUGGGACAACUGCGGAGGGAUCUGCGGACUCCGACCUCCGCAAUAUGUAAACAGCCCCAUGACUUAUUCCUAUGGCAAUGUGGCUUAUGACUAUGGCAUGACACGUGUCGUGGGUGGUGCCGGUGCCGCGGAAGCAGCUUGGCCCUGGAUCGUCAGCAUCCAGCACCCAUGGGUACCAGGCCUGGGGCAUAUGUGUGGAGGUUCUCUCAUCAGUCCAGACUGGGUCCUCACAGCAGCCCACUGCUUUGAUGAUGUGAGUAAUGCCAGCUUGAUCUACGUGGUGAUUGGGGCCACCCGGUUCACUCAGCCGGGCCCUGGGGCUGCAGUGCGCAAUGUGAAGCAGGUGGUGGUACACCAGGACUACAACCCUAAGGACUUUAGCUACGACAUUGCCCUGAUGCAAUUGGACCACCCUGUCCAGUGCAGUUCCUACAUCCAGCUGGCCUGUGUGGCUGAACCCACCCUAAGAGUCUCAGAGCUCAUCAACUGCUGGAUUGCUGGCUGGGGUUCCACUGUUGCAAGAUCGGCAGGUACUACACCUGAUCUCCUCCAGGAGGCCAAGGUCCAGCUCAUUGAUCUCCAGCUCUGCAACAGCAGUGACUGGUACAGAGGGCAAAUCUACACCCACCAACUGUGUGCUGGAUACCCACAGGGUGGCAUCGCCGCCUGCCAGGGUGACAGCGGUGGUCCUCUCAUGUGCCAGGACAACAACGCUGACCACUGGUGGGUCAUUGGAGUCACCAGCUGGGCAAAUGGCUGUGCCAGAGCAAUGCAGCCUGCAGUCUACACCUCCACUAAGUACUUCUAUGACUGGAUCGAUUACAAUAUGCGUGUAAAUGCAAUGAAAAGUGCUCCUUGAACAGCAGAAGCAGGCAGGAACCAGGGCAGGCUGCAGUGCACCACAAUCAUUUCCUGCUGGGGCAAUGCCUGCUGAUCCAAAGGCAGCCUCAGGGUCCAAACCCUGCUCUGUCCUGACCACACUCAUCUCCUCUGUGCACACACACACACUGGAGUUGAUUUAGUUGUUGAAAUAAAAUUACCUUUGGUCACAGGG